AUGUCAACAGGUAUAGAUGUUUCUCUUUCAUACGAUGAAGAUUAUGGAUCUAAACUUAUCCAAAAAGCUAAAGAGGCACCAUUUGUCCCAAUUGGGAUGGCAGGUUUUGCAGCUAUUGUUGCAUAUGGAUUAUACAAACUGAAGAGCAGGGGAAAUACUAAAAUGUCCAUUCAUCUGAUUCACAUGCGUGUGGCAGCCCAAGGCUUUGUUGUGGGAGCAAUGAUUCUCGGUAUGGGCUAUUCCUUGUAUCGGGAAUACUGGGCAAAACCUAAACUUCAGAAGAAGAGGCGCUGUUGUGCUAUUUUGGUGUUGAUGGUAUUUGCUUUAGUUAAACACCUCAAAUUAAGGUUACACAUAUAUGCUGAAAAUAAAUCAUUUGAGUAG